AAACAUUACUCACAAGCCGCUCUCCAACCAUGCGGUGUCUAUCCUCGUCCUUGGCAGCCUUGAGGGCGGGAAGAAACCUGCUUAUGUAUACUUAAGACGUGGUUUGGUGAGGGACCGAAUUACUUCUGAUCCGCCGGUGCUUCAAGAAGGGUACACGGUACAAGGAGAGCCCGUCUACCGCUCGGCGCUACCAGAAACUUCUGGUUUGUUUCACGGAACUCUGCCCUGGUGUCGAGGGCGUAUCAGGGGGGUGACAGCUCUUGUAGAACGCCGUACGGGGGCAGUAACGUAGCGAGGCAGGAUCUUCGCCGGACUGUCGGGACUGCUACAGCCGGGGAAACUGUCAGGCUCGCCCCGCCAAACGCUUCCGAUGCGACUGACCGGAACCCACUACUAGGACAAGAACACUAUCCCGUUUACACAAGGAGUCGGACGUUCUACCUGAUGCGCUAACCUUAACAACAAGGAUCAAGAUUCUUAAGGUUUCUUCGACAACACGGGUCGCAAGUUCAGUCUUAAAACACAUUUCACCAGUGGUUGGCCUUGAACUAUAAGAUGGCAUCAAGUACUACUGCGAACAGUUGGAGUUCGUCGUUUUCGUGGACGAUAUUUUCCGUGUGUCUGUGUCUGUGGUCAACCCAGGCCCAGUUUCUUCGGCCAGGCGGGAAACACGUCUGCCAGGACCAGACACAAGUCAGCAUCCCCAAACUGUGCGUGGACUCAUUCGCGCAGCCGCAGUACACGCCAUACAUGACUGUGUGCGAUGGGAUGAGACUCUGCAGCUCGUACAAAACGACGUACAAGACAUCGUACCGCCAGGUGUAUAAGAUGGAGGCGAGCACGCGGACGUCUUACGUCUGCUGUCCGGGCUGGACUCAGAGACACAAGAGGGCAAAGGGCUGCUUACAACCUGUGUGCAGUAAGCCAUGUGUCCACGGCAGGUGCAUCAGACCGGACACCUGCGAGUGCAGGAGAGGGUGGUCAGGGGAUGUCUGCGACACAGAUGAGAACGAGUGUGACGCGGACGCACACGGGUGUGAACAGGAGUGUGUGAACAGUAAGGGGAGCUUCAUUUGUACCUGCCGGGCGGGGUACAGACUUAACAGCGACGGCAAGACGUGUGCAGCGACUGGUGAGGUGAUCGAUGCCAAGUACGAGGCGCUCAUGCUGAGGGUGGAGGAACUGGAACAGUCUAUGAAGAGGAUGACAAAGAUGGUUGCAGACCGGCCUAACGACGGAGUGUUGCCGACCCUCCCGCCACAGAUAGACAGGAUCGGUUCUCUCAGUGAACAGAUCUCCAUACUGGAGGAGAGAUUAGACGACUGUACCUGUCGGGGUGACAGGGAUUUGGACUACUACAAAAAAUGAAGAGCCCCCCUCCCCAAUAGCUGUGACAACAGUCUCUAUCCAAGCAAUACAUGCCGUUACAUGGAGGACCGUAGCAGCGUACAUGUACACAGAAACAAAAUGAGAUUUCCAAAAUGGAAAAUGUAAAAUUCCAUUUGCUGUCAAUAUAUAUAUAUCUAUCUUCGUCAGAUAUAUUUGAUCAAAACAAGGACAUUAUACUGAAAAGUACAGGUAUGCUGUGCAACAAAAGUACUUUGUGUGUUCCAACCUAUAUCAAAAGCGUUGACUUCUAUCUGUAUUUAGACAUCUAUUUUUCAAAACGCCUUGAAUGUGCUGAAAAGUAACGGUUUCUAUGGUAAGAUCUCUCAAAAUCUGUACUGCAUGUAAAGGCAUUUCAGUGUAUGUAAAGGGUUCUUCUCACAGCUCGUAAAAAUGUAUAAAAGCUGUGGUGGUGACAGUGGUUCCCUGCCGUCUGAAUCUUGUAAAACACACGAUAGGUUGAAGAUGACGACCACGUGCUAAUCCUGCCCCCUACCGGUUAGUUCAUGUACUACAACACUUCUUGACUACAAUGUAUAGUACAAUGUAGUAUGAACACCAAUUUUAGCCUUUAUAAGUUAUCAAGAUGCUUUACAUAAUCUUGGUUGUACUGCAAUGAUUUUAGGCCUUUAGAAAUUUUGAAAACUUGUAAAAUAAGACAAUAUCUGAAGACAUCGACACAUCAACAGCCAUAAAGU